UCCUGUGGGUGCUGCAGGUGAUGGUCAGCUGGUGACUGGGGUUAGCUCAGCCCCUGUGGUGAAUGGCUGUGAGCAGAGGGGGCGUGGCCUUCUGGGUGGGUUGUGUCCGCAGCCAAGGCAGACGGCAACCCAUCAACAGACACAGCUGGAGUCUGAGCCAGACGACAGACUGGCAAUGGAUCUGUCAGAGUCGCCCCCUGAGCGGUGCAUCAUGGGCCCUGUCACCCCCCAACAGCCUGAGGUACCAGAACAAUAGGCAGCCGCUGCUGUCCCACCCGUUCCACCAUGCCAGCCAGCCUCAGAGGGGGGGUUACUGGGAGGAGCACUGGGAGGAGCCUCUCAGUGUGUGUGUGUUGGUCAGACAGGGGGAACUGGACGGCCUGCUGGAGAUCCCUCUACCCCGUCACAACAGGUCCUCUGAGUUCUCCUUCCCGCUGACCACUGUGGACGGCUGCAGAGAGGACGACAUCAGCGUGGACAGCUUCAGGAGGAACAGUGCUGAUGUUUUGAAGAGAGAACAUGGAUGUUUCAGAAGUCUGUUUGAAGCAGAGAGGUGUCCCGCUCCGUUCAUGUACGGAUCCCAGUUUUAUUGUUUUCAUUGCCCGGGUAAAGAGACGGUUACAGAGUCGGGAGCAGAGCCGGGACCUGGCAUCAGCCUGGGGUCUACACAGGAUAUUGGACUUUAUAAACCUGUGGAGCUGCCUCUGAUGCUCCCUACCUAUCUGUGUAGCCAUGCAGAGAGAGCAGAGGGGGAGGUGAAAAGUGCAAGAGACAGUGAAGAGGAGGAGAAACUGGCUCUGAUGUAUGAACGGCUGAGGAUAGAGCUCCCCAGUUUCUUCAUGAAGACUCACGACUACAGCAUGUACUCCAAAGACCUGGAGUUCAUCAACGGCCUCCUCAACACCAAGACCAGAGGCCGGGUGUUGUACCAGCUGAUCCUGUCCUUGUGGCGUUUCCUCUCUCUGUGUUACUAUGCCGACGGUCGGCUGGAGGUGCUGAAGCUAACGAAGCACAUGGAGGACGGGACCAUCAAGGCCCGCUGGAGGAUCAGAGGCCUCCCAGUCUACUCUCUGCUGUUCUGCUUCUACCGGAAAGACAAGUCUCACCUGUACAGGUCAUUUGAUGCGUUCUCUACGUUCUACAUCGGACAGGACGGACUCAUUCACUGUCACAAAGUGGAAAAGGUGAUGCCAGCUCGGCCCCCCGUCCUGCCCAGGGUCAGGUCUCUCCUGGCGGGAGCUCUGGUGGCUCUGGGUAUCCAGGAGCACCGCCCUGCUCUGAACCUUCUGCCCCCCCUGCUGUCCUCUGUGAGACAGAGCAGAGAUUGACCCGGGACAGGACAGUUGUCAGGUCAUGUGACUCAUUCAUCAUCAAACACAGGAACACGCUAUCAUGGAGCUGUGUGUGCUAACAUGUGGUCAUGCUGUCACCCUUCACAGAGCGUCUGUCGGUGGUUAAAGAUUAAAAAAUAUGAAGAGUGUGAACACAGAGUCUGAGGAACAGACUGAUGAGAAAGACGUCUUUAAAUAUCUGUUAAACAAGAGGCGUUGAUCUGUCAGCAGAACGUCAGACUUCAACCUCAGACUCUCUCAUGCUAACGUGCUAAUGUCUGCUGAGGAUUCACAUGAUGUUUCUGCUACGCGCAGCUAACUGUUAAACAAGCUAACAACAUAAACAGUCAGAUCACAUGUCUCUUUCAAGAACAAAAUAAACCCAUUACCCUGUCAGGUCUAAGAUGAUCUCACGUCUGAGUGUUAAACAGAAUCCGGUCGGUCACUUUCACUGACAUUAAAAAAAACACUUGCCUCUUCAUCACUGCAGGAAACUAGAAACUCGAAUACACCCAUCAUGUCUCUGAGAUAAGUUGUUUGCUGGAGUUCAAGCGGACUGUUCCUUUAACCUUCACUGUUCAGCACCUUCUUUCACGUUCACACAGGUCUCCAGUAAACUCAUUCUAAUAAUCAACAUGUAGAAUAUGAAAGGUUGGACCGUUUAAUUUUCUGUCUCUGUGAUCAUUUUCAAAAAGAAUAGAUCUGUUGAAUCACACUUUUAAACACUAGGGGUCAGAGUUACAGAUUGCUCCUUUAAAGGACGUUAAACUCCUUCAGAUUUUUGAUUCUGAGAGUCCGGAUCAGGAUGAACCUUGCAUCAAAUGACCUGACGACAUGGGGAAAAAAAAUGCUUACUGUAAAAUUUGACAACAUUUCAUAAUGAGACAAACACAAUGAAGGAAAUGAAUGAAUGCAUUAAAGCCUUUAAGUUUUAGUAUCUACAGAUUGAAGAAUCAUCAGAGGAACAGCAACAGACGACUCUUUAGUAUUUAAUCCACACAAACUGUACAGAUACUCACAGCCUCCGCAGUGUGAUGAUCCUCAGACUGUACCCGAUCACCUGAACCUGACAUGACGUCCUGUUUGCCUGAACAUACAUGAACCUUUAAUUUAUCCCGGAUGAGCAGCUGUACAUACUGAGGCUUCUUAAUGUGUAGUUCUCCUUCAAACAGAGCAAUAAGCAUGCCGUACCUGUCACACAUGUAGACUGUCUAUUCAGAUGGACGGAGGGACAGCCGCCUGGGAGUGAAGCCUGCUGAUUGGCUGCAGUAGAUAAACCCCGGCUCCUCCACGUUCACAAAUAAGACCUGAAUCAAAUACUAGAUCAAAAUGCACUCCAGAUAAUGUUUUUUGAAUCAUAGUUACCACGCUGUUUUGUGUUCAAGUCAUAUUUCUCUGAGACGUUAUUUGAUUCUCUAAAACGGUCAAAAACCUGUGAGUGACCGGCCUGUUCACAAUUGCCGCGUCUGCGCCACAGUGUGCACCAGAUUAUCAGCAGAAACGGCGAGAGUCUCUGAACUUUCCGGGUCUCUGGGAUAUUCUGGCUUCAUCCUGCUUACCAGGAGGAGGCCGAGGCACGCUGUCCGUUUGUAUAAACAGUCUAUGGUCACACAUCAGAGCCGUGUGUGUGUGUGUGUGUGUCGUCAUCAUCCUGUACCAAUCAGUGUGGCUUCAUCUCCACAUGUAGAGCUGCAAUAUCUCACCUGUGUGAAUAAAUAAACAUAUAAUUAACUAUC